CCACCCACCUAGACUUCACCUCCCACCACAACGCCACCUUCCCCACAACCACCACAACCGCCGCCGCCGCCACCUCGAAACACUACCCGUCAUGCCCAGUGAAGCUCAGCGAAUACACCCCCUGCGAGGACCACACUCGCUCUCUCCGCUUCCCCCGUGACAAGAUGAUUUACAGAGAGAGACACUGCCCUUCGAAGAAGGAAGUCUUGAAGUGUCGCAUUCCGGCGCCGCACGGUUACAAGAACCCGUUUCCAUGGCCCUCGAGCAGGGACGUGGCAUGGUACGCCAACGUGCCUCACAGAGAGCUCACGGUGGAGAAGGCCGUUCAGAACUGGAUCCGUUACGACGGCGACAAGUUCAGGUUCCCCGGCGGCGGCACCAUGUUCCCCAACGGCGCCGAUAAGUACAUUGACGACAUUGGAAAGUUGAUUGAUCUCAAACAUGGUUCCGUUCGCACCGCCGUUGAUACUGGCUGUGGGGUUGCAAGUUGGGGAGCAUAUCUUCUAUCCCGUGACAUAAUAACAAUGUCAAUAGCACCAAGAGACACACACGAAGCACAAGUUCAGUUUGCUCUUGAAAGAGGUGUUCCCGCCAUUAUUGGUGUUCUUGCAUCUAAGAGGCUCCCAUUUCCCUCUAGAGCUUUUGACAUGGCACAUUGCUCUCGCUGCCUAAUUCCAUGGGCUCAAUAUGAUGGGGUUUAUCUAAAUGAAGUUGAUCGGAUUCUGCGGCCCGGAGGCUAUUGGAUCCUAUCCGGGCCACCCAUCAAUUGGAAGAGAUAUUGGAGAGGUUGGGAAAGAACAAAGGAGGAUCUGAAUGAAGAGCAGACCAAAAUUGAGAAGGUGGCUCAAAGUCUAUGUUGGAAGAAGCUUGUAGAGAAGGGUGAUAUUGCUAUUUGGCAGAAACCCAAACACCAUUUGAAAUGCUCUCAAAAUAGUAGGCCUUUUUGCCACCCACAAGAUAACCCUGACAAGGCAUGGUACACUGACAUGAAGACAUGUUUGAGUCGUCUGCCAGAAGUGUCAGACAAUGAUGAAACUGCAGGAGGGGCAUUGGAGAAUUGGCCAGAGAGGCUAACAGCCACCCCACCAAGGAUUUACAUGGAGACCAUAAAAGGGGUUACACCUUCAACCUUCAUAAAGGACAAUCAAUUAUGGAAGAAAAGGAUAUCAUAUUACAAGAAAGUUAACAGUCAGCUAGGUAAAGCUGGGAGAUACAGAAACCUUCUUGACAUGAAUGCUUACUUGGGUGGAUUUGCUGCUUCUCUUGUUGAGUACCCUGUUUGGGUCAUGAAUGUGGUUCCUGUUCAAGCCAAGGUUGACACACUUGGAGCAAUUUAUGAAAGGGGAUUGAUUGGAACAUACCAUAAUUGGUGUGAAGCAAUGUCCACUUAUCCUAGAACUUAUGAUUUAAUUCAUGCUGAUUCAGUCUUCAGCCUUUACAACCAAAGAUGUGAAUUAGAAGACAUUCUGCUAGAAAUGGAUAGGAUUCUUAGGCCAGAAGGAAGUGUAAUAAUCAGAGAUGAUGUUGAUAUAUUAGUAAAAGUAAAGAGUAUAGUCAACGGUUUGAAUUGGGAAAGUCAAAUUGUUGACCAUGAAGAUGGGCCUCUUGAAAGAGAGAAACUUUUAUUUGCUGUGAAGAAUUAUUGGACAGCUCCUAAAGCUUCAAACAGUAGUUAGUUAAAUAUUAAUUAAGGUCUUUUUAGUUUUUAAAGCCUUCUUUAAUUUCUUUUCUCUAGUGCUUUUCUUUUUGUUUGUUCAUCUCAAAGUUGUUAGUAUUCUUUUGUAUCUUUCUUCAUUACUUUUCAUUAAAUGCAAAUUCAAAGUGUGCAGAACAUACACCUAAUUCAGGAGUAAAGUAACCAUUGUCAUAUUUUGCUCAAUAAUUCAAGUGUUUGAGCACCUAA